AUUCCACCAAAGACAUUCAAACGUGUUCUUGAAUCAUCCGAAUGGCAUAACUUGGAGUCGGGCAAGGCGACAGUAUCAGAUGUGUAUCCUGCCUUAACGAAGAGGUUCACACUUGAGGAGGGUGCCCUACAAGGAACCAUCCAGCUGGCAUCGUCGACCUUGACGCUCAACGAACCCUUUGUUGUAGCUGUCAGAAAUCUCAAAAAGAACUCUGGCGGCCAACUACGCGUAAUUGCUGCAACCAACAUGUCUAGCGAAAGCUACGACACGGUUCGCUCCAAGAUUGGAGGCUGGGACAUCUUCGAUGAUGUUUACACGUCAGCCAGCCUGGGUGUACGAAAGCCGGAGCAGGCAUUUUUCGAUCGAGUUCUCAAAGCUGCGGGGCUAGAUACAAAAUCGACUGUCUUUGUUGAUGAUCGCCCGGAGAAUUUCAUCUGUGACCAGUGUCGCGGGAUGCGAGGAGUACUGUUUGAGAACGCGGAUGUGGUGAUCCAACAACUGAACAAUCUCUUUGGCGACCCCAUCGAGCGUGAAACAUCAUGGCUGCGAGCUCACGCAAAGAACAUGUGGUGUAUGUCCAACACUGGCAUCGAGAUUAGUGAGCAGUUCCAACAGCUUCUUCUGCUGCAUUGGACGAACGACUGGGGACUUGUCGAUAUCGCCCAGCUGAAUCCCCCUUCCGGUCACUGGAAUGUCUUUUCUUACGGGCCUCCAGUGCUGACAACGGAAGUCUAUCCUGAGGACCUCGACACUACCUCUAUGGCCCUUCUCACGCUUGAUGUUGAUUUCGAUGUCAAGCAAAAGACCAUGGAUGAUAUUCUCAAGUAUCUGAGUCCAGAUGGAUUGGCAUAUUGUUACUUCGACCCAGGCAGACCGCGGCUUGACCCUUUCAUCUCAGCCAAUGUGCUCCGGGUCUUCUACGCCAGCGGACGAGGUCAUCAACUCCAGCCCGCUCUCCAAUUUAUGGGAGACAUGCUGCGCACAGGCGCAUUCGAGCAUGGCACUCGCUACUACCACUUGCCGGAUUUCCUGCUGUACUAUCUCAGUGAACUGUGCUCCAAGUAUCUUGAUGCCAAUGAACUUGACAGCUUGCGCGAUCUGCUCUGUCGGCGUCUAAAAGAGCGCAUGGGCUCUACAAACGAUGCAUCAAGUGUUGGCCUCCGUCUGCUAGCUUCGAACAACAUGCGCCUAGCCAACGGUUCAGAUAGAAGGCUCUUACUGGAUUUACAGCGCAGUGAUGGCAACUGGAUGGGAUACCUGUACCGCUAUGGGUUUUCUGGGAUCAUCAUUGGAAGCGAAGGGGCUAUUACUGCUUUGGCAGUGAAAGCCUUGCAGGGCGCCCAUCAUUGA